UGUUCGGUUAAAGAGAUUCGAAGGUCGGUUCCACCAGAAGACGACGGCGAAUUCCUCUUGACCAGUUGUCGAUUGGCUUUCUGGAAGAUUCAUGCUGACGCGGUUUUCGAGGCAAUCUCCCUCGAUUCCGGUGAAAAGUUUCGUGCGUCGGAGGUCGGUUCCACCAGAAGACGACGGCGGAUUCCUCUUGACCAGCUGUCGAUUGGCUUUACUGGAAGAUUUGUGCUGACGCUGUUUCUGAGGCAAUCUCCUUCGAUUCUGGUGCGUCUUCUCGUCUCCUACGGAGCUGAUGUGUUGGCCGUCAAUCUUUCCUCGCGUACUCCAGUUGAUCUGGCCGUCUCUCAGGCUCGAACUGGCGUCGUUCGUUUCCUGUUGCCCAUAGCAAUUGAAGCGCAGACUCACAUUUCCUCGUCAAUAUCGCUGCUCGACUCCAGAGACCUCGACCAACCAAGUGGCCUCCCUUCGGAGUCGCCCUCGCUCGGCUGGCAGUCGAUAAGCUCUCGACAUACCGGAUCUCUUCCCGGCCUCUGUAGGUCCGGUAGUCACCGACGUCCAACAGUCAUGGAGCAGUCGCCUGGCAACUCGCGGCUGUACCCCAAAAAGAAGAAGCCGCCGGCACUGAGCGAAUCCCCCUCGGCCGGUGGUGAAACCAUGUCCGAGCCGUCCGAGCCGAGCCCAACCUCUGCGAACCCCGCGUCUCGGGGCGGUUUGGAAGCGACCGGCAUCGAGAGGAUCGGUUGCCAGGAUCCAUUAUUCUCGACGUCACCUGUCAGCCUUGGCUGGGACCCACCAAAACAUGCCUCAUUCGACGGUAGCACAGCAACAGAGGCUACAUGCCAUGGAUUGGAGGCAUGGACGACUGAAUCAACCCAAAUGGGCCCAUCUGGCGGGCGCCAUGGGGCCGCAAUGAGGCCAAGUCAUUCAUGUUUGGCCCAUGUUCUCAUGCAGUCGGAAUUGUUAAAGUCACCAUCAGACCACAGCUUGUCAGGCUGCGCAUUGGGUCCAGGUUGGUUAUGCACAACGUCCAUGACAACGCUCUUGUAG